CAACAUCUUUUGUUGGCUCGAAUUCCAGAGCGAAAAGAUACCCGCGAAAUCUGGUGGAAAGUGGGACGAGUGCGACUGCACGUGCUGAUUGCUUCGUGCUGAUCUAAGCUCCUCCGCGACUGCAGCUUUCAUGAGUGGUGUUGAAGAUGGGAGAAGACACAAAAUUGGCCAACGCGGUGAAAAAAACGCAAGAGUGCUUGGGGAAAUUUGUGAAAAAGCCACCCUUGACAGAAAAACUACUAAAGAAACCACCUUUCCGUUUUCUGCAUGAUAUAUUUACGGCUGUGAUAAAACAAUACGGACUGAUGGAUGGAUUAUUCACCCCCGGAGAGCUCAAUUCAGAAAAUGUGAAAGAAAAAGAGGCCAAAAUUGCUUUUCUUCAGAAAGUCGUCUCAACAAUAGCUUUAGUGACAGGGGAAAAAAUUCAAUGUAAGCCGUCAAAAGUAAUAGCAGGUCAAGAGCCUGAGAGGACCAAUGAACUUUUGCAAGCCAUUGCAAAAGCGCUAGAGAAAAAGUUGGAGAGUACUGAAGCAGUCCAAAUUGUUCUUGGUAAAGCAGUAAAAAAUGGCGGUGAGCCAACAAGCACAUCAAAAAAGAAAAUAAGGGAAAGUAGUAAAAAGGUUAAAAGUUCUCCAGAAAAAAUGAAAUUAGAGAAAUCCAAGGAAACUAUCGCGAAAAAGAUUGCUGUAGUAGAACAGCCUGCAAAUAAUACAAUCGAUUUAAGUAAUUCACCUGCUGUGACAAAUGCGCCUGAAGAUGCGCUGAAUGGUGAGGAAUCAUCUAAGGCUGAUGUUAAUAUUGAGUUUGCACCAUCUGCGCCGGAAUUGAGUCCAAAAACAGUGGAGCAAGAAGAACCCAAUCAAGACGAGCCCGUUGAAAUGAAAAAUGCAGAGCCUAAAGAAGAUGAAGCGGUGAAACUAAAUGGAGAACAGCAAAAAGGUAGCCCCCAGGAGCCAUCAAACUCAAACAGCGGCGCAAUUCUGCCGCGACCAGCCACAACGCGGCCAAGUUCAGCAAAACCGCGGCCUAUCACAGCUCGGCCAGCAGCACCAAGGUUCAAAGAAAAAACGCAGUCGGCCGAAGAGGUUCUCGUCCAAGCAGAGAAAGCAGCCAGUCCACAGAUACCAUUCGUCAUAGACGACGACGGUGACGGCGAUUUUGUUGUUGAAGAAGCCUUGAUAGAUCCCAAAGCUGAAAACACGGCUGAUGCUUGGCAAGUGGCAGCCGCGGUGGAAAGCGCAGACCAGCCGCAAGGACACCUGAUCUCGCAAAUUUUAGGGACAAAAAAAGAGCUGGAGCCUGCAAAGGAAUCUCCACUGGACCAAGAAACCCAAUGGAGAGGACAUGAGUUAGCGCGGCAAGAAACAAACAAACUGCAGGAAGGGUUGGAGAGCUUGGUCCGCUCAGUCAACCCUCUGGCCAGACUGCUCGACUUUCUCCAAGAGGACAUUGAAUCGAUGCAGUCAGAGCUGGAGAACUGGCAAACUCAGCGAAAAAGCGUCAAAAUGCAGAUCAGGGCCGAAAAAAGUUUAACUGAGGAGACCUUGGAGCCGCUGAGGGCGCAGUUAAUUGAACUGGACAAGAAGCUUGAAAAGCAGGAGCAGUUGAACACGCUUGUUCGGACGCACGUCUUUUUGAAUGACGACAAACUGAGAAAACGGUUACAAAGCAGAACAGACACUUAGCACCUUUCAAAAAUUGUCGAUAUUUGGGACCGCUGUAAAUUACUAAGUGAUACUAUUGAACAGAUUAAUAAAUAAAAUACUCAUUGACAUAGCCACUUUCCUA